GAGGGAAAGUGAACUAAGCACAGAUGGAUAUCUCAUAUCUAGAUAGAACUCUGAUUCUCAUCUCAUUUGGAUAGAAUACAACCCUCAUUUUCUCAAAACAAAAACUAACUGUUGUAACGGUAUGAUAGACAGCGCGUAACACCCACUCGCCACUCCCAUGACGGUUGUUUCUCUCUUCCUCACCGCCACCAAACUCGCCGGAGCUUUAGUCACUCUCUCCCUCGCCGCCAAUGUCUUCUCCUUCUCUCGUUUUCGCAACAAAAACCUUCGCCCGUUCCGUUCACCUAUCGAUGAAUCCUCCGAUACUCUCGCCGAUUUCAACAUCACCGAAGGGGAAAACGAGUUUUUCUUUGGUCUGGCAACAGCACCGGCACAUGUAGAGGACAGGCUUGAUGAUGCUUGGAUUCAGUUUGCGGAACAAGAGAGUAUUGCUGGUGCUGAGCAGAAAGUGGAUGCUUUAAUGGGUUCUGCUACUGCUGAUGGUGGUUCUCAAAAAGCUGUUUCAACUUCACAACUUGCUAGUAAGGGUAAGAAGUCUCUUAAGGUCGCUAUGGAGGCUAUGAUCAGAGGAUUUGAGAAAUACAUGGAAGUAGAUGAAAAUGAAGCAGAAGAAGAACACAUUCCUAAUGUAGCUGCUUGGCAUAAUGUUCCACACCCGGAAGAGAGGUUGAGGUUUUGGUCUGAUCCUGAUACAGAACUAAAAUUGGCCAAGAAUACUGGCGUUACUGUUUUUCGCAUGGGAAUUGACUGGUCAAGAAUCAUGCCCCAGGAGCCAGUAAGCGGCCUUAAAGAAUCCGUUAACUAUGCUGCAUUGGAGCGUUAUAAGUGGAUCAUUAAUAGGGUUCGAUCAUAUGGAAUGAAGGUGAUGCUCACUCUUUUUCAUCACUCACUUCCACCAUGGGCUGGUGAUUAUGGAGGUUGGAAGCUGGAAAAGACUGUGGAUUAUUUCAUGGACUUUACAAGGCUUGUUGUUGACAAUCUAUCAGAUUUAGUAGACUAUUGGGUAACCUUUAAUGAGCCCCAUGUUUUCUGUAUGCUUACUUAUUGUUCUGGCACCUGGCCCGGUGGACAUCCUGAUAUGCUGGAGGCUGCUACUUCCGCGCUUCCUACAGGUGUUUUCCAGCAGGCCAUGCAUUGGAUAUCUGUUGCACACUCAAAGGCUUAUGAUUACAUCCACGAACACAGUAAUUCAUCAAAUCCAAUAGUCGGUGUUGCACAUCACGUGUCAUUUAUGCGACCCUAUGGCCUGUUUGAUAUUGCUGCUGUUUUACUGGCAAAUUCAUUGAGUCUCUUCCCAUUCAUUGAUGAAAUAUCCAAAAAGCAGGACUUCAUAGGUGUUAACUAUUAUGGCCAGGAAGCGAUCUCGGGUGCUGGCCUGAAGCUGGUGGAAAAUGACGAGUACAGUGAAUCUGGGCGUGGAGUAUAUCCUGAUGGCUUAUAUCGCAUGUUGCUUCAGUUCCAUGAAAGAUACAAGCAUCUAAAUGUCCCCUUUAUUAUUGCCGAAAAUGGAGUUGCAGAUGAGACUGAUUUGAUCCGCCGGCCGUAUCUGUUGGAGCAUUUGCUUGCUGUUUAUGCAGCUAUGAUCAAGGGCGUGCCUGUGCUUGGUUACCUCUUCUGGACUAUUUCUGAUAACUGGGAGUGGGCUGAUGGAUAUGGUCCCAAGUUUGGACUUGUUGCAGUUGACCGGGCAAAUAAUCUUGCGCGGAUCCCUCGUCCUUCUUACCAUCUUUUUACAAAAGUUGUGACUACCGGUAAAGUUACAAGCGAUGAUCGUGAUCAAGCUUGGAAUGAACUUCAAAUAGCUGCUAGAGAGAAGAAAACAAGACCAUUUUAUCGAGCUGCGGACAAAAGUGGUUUGAUGUUAGCAGGUGGACUUGAUGAACCCAUACAGCGACCUUUUAUAGAAAGAGAUUGGAGGUUUGGUCAUUAUGAGAUGGAUGGUCUUCAGGAUAACUUAAACCGUUUCUAUAGAUUCAUUAUUCAACCAUUACCCCUAAAAAGGAAAAAACAAUCUCAAAAGAAGGAAUUAGUUCUUCAGCCUCUUUGAACUUAGCCAUUGAUAAUUUGUCAAAUCUCAUCCAUCCCUUUAUUAUUCGAAGUCACUUGUAAAUUAAUCUUUUGAUCCCCACGUGAACCUAGCUUUAGGAUUGUGAUAAUACUCUUGAAAUUAUUCUAUCAUGAAUGUGUAUAUUUCAAAAAGAAGUAUUUGGUGAACUUUCUCCAUACGAUUUGCUGUUUUUGUUGUUGGUGAAAACAUCAUUACUGUUUGUUA